AUGCCCUCGCAGCGUUGCCCAACCUGCAAAGGCAGCUAUAGAGACCUCCUAGAGCAUAUACGCAAAAAACACCCUGCCGAGACCUAUACAGACCGGCAGCUACAGCCCCUUGGCUUAGUCAGCUGCCCUUAUUGCGGCACAGCCUGCCGGGGGUCUCACGGCAUCAAGACCCACAGUGCUAAGAUCCACGGCAUAGAAGGAAGAAAGAGGCUAGCAAGGACCCCCUCUCCACAGCUACAAAGACCUACAAGGCGGCAAAGGCAGCUACAGCCUAGCCCUACCCUAGAGGAGCCUACCCUAGACCGACCAAGCUCAAGGGAAAGCUAUAGGUCUUUUUCUAGCUAUGAGGAAAGGGGAAGACCCUCUAGCCCUAGGUCCCUUAGCUCUAGCUCCUCUUGCCCUAGCACGCCUAGCCACAGGCCCUCUAGUCAGGGACCUACCCUAGAGCCUCUAGAAGAAUAUACCCUAGAGCCUCUAGGGCCCCUAGAGGAGCCUACCCUAGAGCUAGAGACUAGGGAGCCUAGGGAGCCCAGGGAGCUUACCUUAGAGCCCGAGCCUAGGGAGCUUACCUUAGAACCCGAGCCUAGGGAGCUUACCCUAGAGCCCGAGCCCAAGGAGCCUACCCUAGAGGGGCCUACCCUAGAGCAGCUACAUAACCAAGCUAUAGCCCCAAUCCUAGCCAAGGCAUCUAUGCAGAAGCUAUUAGCCUUUGCAAAGAUCCCUAUACCUGAGAAAAGGCUACACGCAAGGCAGGCUGCUAUUUUCACAGCUGCAGCCCAUAAAGCUGCAGCUGCCUUUUUAAAGAGGCCUACUGAAAAGGCCCUAUUACAUUUCCUUAUUUUACCUAGGCUACUAGGGUUAGGGUUACAAAAAGGAGGCCUAGCUAGCCUCCUUCGACUAUUCCCUUCUAACCUUCCUACCCUAGAGAGCCUACAGUCCCUUGAGCAGCCCCCUAAGGCAGCUAGACCCUCUAUAGCCCCUAGCCCGGCUCAGAAGGCAGCUAGGCUACUAGAGAGAGGCUACCUAGGCCGGGCUGCUAGGGCUCUUAUUGACCCGACCCCUAUAGCGCCUAAUUCAACGGAAAAUAGGGCUAGGCUGCUAGAAAAGCACCCUAUCGGCUCAAAAGACCCCUUCUAA